CAUGACGAACAUGACGAGCAAAUCAGAAACCCACAGGAGUCCUAGAACGAUGGGAAAAAAGGGGUAAAUUGGAAUGAUUCUAGUUGUCAUUGCAAAAUACAGAAUAUGACUUAAUCAAAUGGAUCAUCGAGAUAUACAAGUAAGUGUAUAAAAAUAUAGAAGACGAUUACAAAUAGCAGCUGAGGCUGAAGUGUUUUGCAUCACAAAACUCUCAAACAUUGGAAGUGUUAAUGAGAAAACAUGGAUUACAACCAAGGAAUAUCUGAUGAUACAGACUUCAAAGAAAUAAUGUCAUCCAUGUCAAGGUGGUAUGAUCGCCAUGGAUACAUCAACAAGUUGAAAGUUUUGUACAGAGAUCUUGUAUCAGAACUUGAUAAGCUGUAUGCUGCCACUAAGGUGUUUCAUUUGUUUGAGUUAUUAAUUACCUCGGGACAUCUAAGUUCCAAUAAUCUAACUGUCCUAUAUGAUACUAUCAAUGUUACUCAUCCAUUUGGUUUGGAACCAGAAUUCUGGAAGUUGUCGUCAACAUGCUUUGAUAUUAGGACAGCCAAAAUCUCCAAUAUUACUCGUAACAGACAAAUUCUGAUCCAGGUGAUUGAAAGUCUCGUUGAAAAUGAUCUCAAGUAUAUUUCUCAAAGAUACAAUUGUCCACAAAAGGAAGACGUUUGGAAAUUCUUUGUGGACUUGGAACAAAAUAAGGUGUUUUGUGAAGAAAAUUUGGAUGACUUUAUGAAAAAUAUAACAACAUACCAUAUAUUAGUUUCACGUAAAGACCCUCUAGGAUUGAGAGGCACUGGUGAUGCUGCUACAAAAGAUGAUAGCUCAAAAACCUCUGCAGAGAACCAAGAGAAGACUAUGGUGACUGAUGACACAGAUACUCCUAGAAAUGCUUGUACAAGUACAUCCGCAGAGAGCCAAAAGAAGCUUUUGGUGACUGACGACACAAAUGCUCCAAGAAAUCUUUGUACAAGUGCAUCUACAGUGCAUGUUUCAGAGAGCCAAGAGAAUCAUAUGGUGUCUGAUGACACAGAUGCUACAACAAAUGCUUGUACAAGUGCAUCUACAGCAGGAGCUUGCAUAGUGAAUAAAAUAAUUAGUCAAAACAAUAAAGGUUCUAUAAUAGGAAGUCAGAUCAUAGGUUGUAAUGUUGAAACACUUGUUGUUAACAACACAAUUACAGUGAAUCAAGAACCAAAGGACACAGAUUUAUCAGCAUCUAGAAACAAUGAAGUGGUCAUCAGAAAUUACUUGGAUCAGUGGCAGAGAAAAGUAUAUAAGAAUUUGAACAAAAUGACACCUCCAACCUGGAAUCAAGAGUCUGAAAUUGAUCUUGCAGAAGUAUUCACAGAUCUCGAGCUACUCAAAAAAAAAGGACAUGAUAAUACCAGUAAAGAUACAACUCUACAGGAGCUAAUUAGUUUGAUACAGUCUCAGAGAGCAUGUAAAGUUUUUGUAGAAGGUAAAGGCGGGAUGGGAAAGUCAACACUCUUAAAACAUCUUGCGUAUCAUUGGGCUAAUAAGAUUGAUGAUCCUUUCCCAGAAAAAAUUGUAUUUCUUGUCAAUCUCAGAGAUUUAAAAAAAGAUGAAGAUGUUGUUGAUGUGAUUAUUAGACAAAUUAACAAGAAAGAUUUUGAUAGAAAAACAAAGUUAGAUACAGGUUUGAUUGUAGAUUUUUUAAUGGAACGUGAUGAUGAGAUUGUAUUGUUACUGGAUGGGUAUGAUGAAUUGGAAAAAAGUGCUCAAGAUCCAGUUAGUUUAUUUGAAAGAAAGGAAUUGGAGAACAGCCAAGUUAUACUGACAUCACGUCCUGAGAAUGUACAUAUGAUUGUUAAGAAAUGUGAUGUCCAUGUCAGAGUGGAGGGAUUCAGCCCAGGUAAAAUCAAGUUUUAUAUCAGAAAGCACUUUAAAUACAUUAAAAUGCCAGAGUUAGGAGAGUCUUUAAUUACAGAGUUGCAUCUUGACCGAAAAGAUAAAUAUGAAUGGGGAGGAAGACAUCGUGAAGCAUUUGAGAUAUGUAGAUCACCAAUGUUGUUACUAAAGAUAUGUACAGUAUGGAAGGAAAAUCAGUGUAUUCCAGUGGAUAUGCCAACUCUCUUCAAAGAAAUCUUCCGAUGCAUUUUGAAUCAGUACAUGAACCGCAGUGGCACUGACAAACCAAUCAGUAAAUUUGAGGAGGCUUCUAAAAAAUAUGUUAAAGCUUUAGAAAUUUUAGGUAAAUGCAUGUAUAAAUCCAUACAAAAUAAUAGGUUGUUUAUAAAUAGAAAUGAUUUGGAAGGUGAUGAGGAAACCGUAGAUCUUGCAAUAAAACUUGGAUUUGUUUACAAGGAACAACCUACUGUGGAAGAUGACUUUAGUCAGAUUUUCAUGACCCCUCACAAGUUGAUUUUUGAGUCAUUAGUAGGGUUCUACUUAUGCAGACAUACUCGAUCUUUCUCGAUUGAUGAAGGAGACACAAUUAGGGCAAAUCCAUAUCUGGGCAUGUCACGAGUGUUUGCAAUAGGAUUCCUAGGUGCUGAUGCAGGUGAAUUUCUUAAACAUUGGAUCACAGAUGAUGUUAGUUGGUAUUGUGCUCUAGCAAGGUGUUUUAACUUAGUAAAGAAAGAGCAUGAAGGGCAAGUUCUCUUGGUAUUAGAUGAAUACAUAGAAAAGAGAAUCCCUGAUACUAAGCCACUUCUUAAAGAUGUAUGCACAUCCCUGAGAAGCUUCCUCCGGCAUAAUGUAGAAAGUGUGAAAGUUGAAGAUGAUGAACAUAUAUUAUUUCUUGUUAAAAAAAUGCUUCAGCUUGAUGAGUUGAAGUUUGUACCCACAGUGAGGAAAUGGUUCAAAUCCCUAUCAGGGAAUGCUUCAUUUUGUAAUUUUGGACAAACAUUUGCACAUAUUAUAUUUGUUAAAGAUUCUCCACUAUUUAUUAACAGUAUGUUUCGAAAUCCUGAUAUAUAUGGCCAUCAAGAUAAUAUCCAGGCUCUUAAUGCCGAGUUUAAAAAAUUCAAUUUUAAAUACUCUGCGGAUUGCAUUUCAUUUGCUUUUAGUAGGAUUUCUGCUUCAGCUGUGAUUCAUGUACUACAUUAUGCACCAAUGCUUACUACUCUUAAUCUUGUAAAUAGUGGCAUAACGGGUAAAGAUGUCAAUGAAGUAAUCCGUGAAGUUAUAGAAACAGGAGAUGAGCUAGCUUUAGAGGAAUUAGAUUUAAAUUGUAAUGAUCUGAGUGAUAUUGAUAUGUCCUCUAUUAUCUCUUUACUUCUUGUUGUUCCUAAGCUUCAUAUUGAUAUGUAUAAGUGUUGUCUGUUGGGAGCUAAUGUGAGAGAUUUAUUGACAGAAUAUAAGAAAAGGAUGUGUAAAAAAAAAGGAAUCAUAUUACCCAUUGUUAUUAAAAAUUCUGAAGAUACUGUUAAUUCAUUUCUAGGGGGAAAAUUUCGAAAUGAUCUUUCAGACAUCGAUGGAAAAUCACUUACAUUUUUACUCUUGGAAAUUGGUUCCACAGACUAUUUUUUGUGGAGUUUGCCAAAGUUGACAUGCAAGAAUUUGAAAGACCUAAUACAUGAGUGUGAUAAGCAUAACAUUCGACCUAAUCUUGCUAUAUUGGAUGUUAGUGGUGUUGAUCUGUCCUCAAUUAGUGGAGCUGAUUUAGCCAAACUAUUGACUGUCUUCCCAAUGCUGGUCGCCUUGGUACUAAGUGGGUGCCAACUGUCUUUUAACGUAAUCAAGGACCUUCUGAAUAAACUUGAAAAUACAGAUGGUAUUGUUAACUCAUUUGGCAAUGACUUUUCAGACAUUUAUGUCUCAUCCUUUGCUAAGCUUCUUAAGAUGGUUGAUAAUAAUGAUCAUGACGUCAUCUUCAGAAUAUGGACAUGUUCUAAUAAAUCAGGUGGUACGUCAUACAUAGUCUAUGAACCCACACAUGGACCCUUCUUUGAAUCUUGGAGUUUUUGGAUACAAUAUUUUCUUAAAAAGGAGGUUGUCUGCAAACAGGGGAUUUUUUAGCCAGCGAGCCGUCCGGUCGUCUUUUGGAAGACCAACAGUUAUUUAAGACAGCCACUUUUACCGUGACAGCUUGAACUAAUAGCUCGGCCUAGCUUAAUUGGGCCUAGUCUACUUUAGCAAAUUCUUCAAAUCUAUCGAAUGUUACAUUAAACUAAAAGCUAAAUCAUAUUUAUGUUUGAUAGAAACAACAUUUGUUGAUUGGAUGUAUGUUGUUUUCAUACCAAUAUUUUCUGGUGAUUACCAAAAAUGUAAGGCUAGUUCACUUGCAAAGGGCGUCGUGUAAAAAACAUUUAUGCCCCACUGGAAAAUGGAUGGUUCUGAGUCACCCACAACGAAUGCAAGUGGCUCUGCAUAUACAGUACAUGAGAUUCGGUUCCCUGACAUAAUAUAGUAUGUAUUCUUGGUGUUCAUAACUUUCUGGUUAUAAUGAAUUCAUAAUAUAGUAAAGAACAUUUAACAUCACAAGUUAAAUUUUAUUAGUCAACAAAAUACAGUAGGCCUUGGCCUAUCUCUUGAUUCGGAGGACCUAGAGAAGAAUUUACGCUAGACUAGUAGGGCAAGAGAUGAAGAUGCAUCUGCAUAGCCUAGAAAAAUUGUGAGUAAACAACCGUAGCCGAGCUGUGCGCAGUCCAUGUCUAUAAUUGAAAUAUCUUUGUGAUAACUAAUUCAACACUAUUCCUUUGAAGACAAGAUUCCAACAUUUAAACACCUUUAAAUGCCCUCUAAUAAUAAUUUUCUAUAUUUUUCUUAUGAGAACGAGUGUUUGCCAUAGGAUUCCUAGGUGCUGAUGCUGGUGAAUUUCUUAAACAUUGGAAUACAGAUAGUGCUAUUUGGAAUUGUUUUCUAGCAAGAUAUCUUAACUUUGUAAAGAAAGAGCAUGAAGAGCAAGUUCUCUUGGUAUUAGAAGAAUACAUUGCAAAGAAAAUCCCUGACACUAUGUCAUUUCUUGAAGAUGUAUGCACAGGUUUGAGAGGCUUCCUCUAGCAUAGUGUUCAGAGUGUGGAAGUUAAAGAUAAUGAACAUAUAUUUCUUCUCUUUAAAAAAAUACAUCAGGAUGUACUUGACGCUGAAGACGUUUUUGUAACUGCAGUAAGGCGUUGUGUCAACUCUGUGUCAAGUAGUGUUUCAUUUUGUAAUUUUUGAUGUUAUUCAGGGUAUUAGUGUUGAGUUUGAAAAAUUUCAUUUUAAAUACAAUAUGGAUUACAUUACAUUUUAUUCUAUUAGCCUCAGUGCAUCAGCCCUGAUUCAUGAACUACAUUAUGCACCAAUGCUUAGUGUACUUACUGUUGUAAAUUGUGGUUUAUCAGUUAAAGAUGUCAAUGAAGUAAUCUGCGCAUUUACAGAACUGGAGAUGAGUUAGCUUUAGAGCUGUUAAUUUAUAAUAAUAAUAAUAAUUUAUUCACUUAUAUUGCGCAAAUUACAUAAAAAUAUGUUCAAAUGACGCAUUACAUAAAGUCAAUUAAAAUAGAUUAAAAUUGACAUUUCAAUAUUAGAGUAAAACCAUUUAAAUUCCAUAAAAAUAUGGUCAAAAGACGUAUUACACAAUAUUUAAAAGUCAAUUAAAAUGGAUAAAAAUUUACGAUUCAAUAUUACAGUAAAACCAUUAACAUUGACAAGUACAGGAAGUACAAUAGUAAAUUAUUUGUUAAAAGCAAUAGUGAAAAAAAUGUGUUUUCAACAGUGUUUUAAAAAUCUCUAGACUACCAGCUUCCCUAAUAAAAGGUGGCAGAUCAUUCCACAGCUGAGGUGCUGCAUAUUCAAAUGCACGUCACCUUGUGUGACUUUAGUGCGACAAACUGGAUAACUUAAGAUUAAAUCAUCAUUGCUACAGAGACUAUAACGAGAACGAGGUUUCUUAGCGAUAAGUAACUUAAAUAAGAUGGAGCAUAGCCAUUAACACUUUUAUACGUAAGCAACAAAAUUUUGAAAUUUAUUCUAUACCAUACUGGGAGCCAGUGUAACUCAAAUGAUAAUGGCGUAAUGUACAGAAUUUACCUCUAUUGCAAACAAGACGAGCAGAUCAAUUCUGCACAUGUUGUAGUUUAGUAAUCGGGUAGACCACAUAAGAGACUGUUACAAUAAUCUAGACAACUAGUGAUUAUUGCAUAAACUAACAUUCCUGUGCGUUUAUUUGUUAAAUAUUUGCUAAUGUGUCUAAUAUUAUGUAAAAAGUAAAUUAUUGAGCUGCAUAUCUUGGUAACAUGCGAUUUCGUAGACAUGUCGCUAUCAAACCAUGACCCUAAGUUACGAGCACCAGAGACAGGAGCAAUUGAGGACGCCCCUAUUUGGAUACUAGGAAAGUUACGCUUAUCAAGCUGUUGUUGUGUACCAAUCACUAAAAAUUCUGUUUUCUUGUCAUUUUACAUUAACCCAUUUGAUCGCAUCCAAGUGCGCAAUUCACAAAUACAGUUCAUGGUUUUUCAUGGAGCAACAAGGAGUCUAGUGGAAAUCAGAUCUAAGAUACACGAUUUCUUGUUAGAUCCUAAAAUGAGUUUAGUGACACUAUUAAACUCGGAGAGAAUAUUGACAUCACUGUGUUACACUAACUUACAUCAUUACUAACCUUAUGCCUAAUAACCUUUUUAACAAAAAAUGCCUAAUAACCUUUUUAACAAAAAGAGCUGUUAGAGCUAAAUGAAAAUGAUGUGAGUGAUAUAGAUAUGGCCUGUAUUAUAUCUUAACUUCUGGUUGUUCUUAAGCUUUGUAUUGAUAUGUAUAAGUGUUUGUCGGGAAGUAAUGUGAGAGAUUUACUGUAUUGAUUGAAUAUAGGAAAAAGAGGCAUAAAGAAAUUAUAUUUCCCAAUGUUGUAAAUGAUUGUUGUAUUAAAAAUGCCUGCAAAAUUGUGAAAAUCAUUUUUCAGACAUCGAUGGACUGUCACUUGCAUAUUUACUGCAUGAAAUGAUUUUCACAUACAUGUACUAUUCUUUUACGGGGAAUGUGUCUAAGUUGACAUGCAAGAAAGUGUGAUGGUCAUAACAUUCAGCCUAAUCUCAUUUCGUUGGAUAUUAGUGCUGUUGAUCUUUCCUCAAUCAGUGGAGCUGAUUUAGCCAAACCAUUGACUAUCUUUCCGAAGCUGAAUUACUUGGUACUAACUGGGUGCAAGCUCUCUGGUAUGUUACAUCCCCAGAGUUGUUGAUCAUUGUUGUUGAUAGCUUAAAAAUGUUGAUGCGUUUGAAUUGUAAUUUUGUUAUGCCCUCUGUAGUCGAUGGGGAUUGUUGUUCGUAUUGUUAUGGUAAUUUUUGGCUGACAGGAUUUCGUGGUUUUUGAAGAAAAGGGCUUGUAGCCAGGAGCUGGCUCUCUUUUUCAUUCUGGACUGGACUGGCGCGGUGGUGUGUUGGAGCAGGGCUGAGACUUGAUGCAGGCAGCCUUUGUAUCCUGUGCAUUGUCGAGGUAUACGAACCUUUAGGUGUAUGCAGAUGUUAAUAUGGAUCUCUGUUUCAAUAGUCUAAAUUGGACUGUGAGUAUAAUCAAGGACCUUCUGAAUGAACUUGAAAGGACAGGUGAUCUACUGAAACUAACAUUGUGAACUUGUUUCAGAAUGACCGUUUCAGGUAGUGAUGGCUCAUCCCUUGCUUCUUUAGAUAAUUGAUAAUAAUCAUGACUACAGUAUUGCAGAACAUGAGCAUGCACAUGAAUAAAUCAGGUGUUACGUACAGUCUACUACAGGUAAUUUGUGUGCAUUUAUAUUUGAAUGUAUCAAGUCUUGUAUUUCCUUCAUUUGGACUUGUAUUUGCUUGUGCAGAAUUAAUCUAUCUUCAGUCAAGGGAUCAACACGUCCGAUUAAAAAUCUGUCCUAACUUGGCCACUCUUGACAUCAGAAGUUGCGUUUUAACAAGCAAGAUAAUAAGUGAUUUUUUUGAAUGACUGCAAUAUGAAUGGAAAUGUAUUAAAACAAUAUGAUCCAUCUCGAUGGGGAGGGGUGAUUGGUUCGAUUGGUGAUGGUAUACGACCUGUAGACCACACACAAUAGGCCCUAAUUGUAACUUUAGAGCACUGAUUAAUAUUUAUUACUUCGUAAUUUGCAUAACAAAUUAUUUAUAAACCAUGGCUUCCUACGAUGUCAUUUAUAUAUAAUGGCACUCGACCUCAA